CUCUUUUUUCUGAAUUGCAAAUCAACUUCAAAUGCAAAUGCAAACCAAAUCAUACAAAACAAACAGCGAAUGAAUUGACAAUGACAAAAAGUAUUAAACGACUUCACACUUUGAGUAGUAAUAAUGGGAUUCUCUAUACUUUAGUGAUAUUAGCUUGUAUCUCAGGAGCUCUCACCUCCGCACCAGGGCCGCCAUCAUGCGGUUUAUAUGGAGCACCACCUUGCCAAUUUUUACCAGCUCCUCCUGGACAGACGCCAAGCUGUGCCCGGCCAGGAAAAACCUAUUGCGAACAUGCCGACAACUAUCCUACAUAUCUCAUCAAGAGUCUCGUACGUAAAUGGGGCUAUGAGGCUACUACAUUGCUGGUAGAUGAGACCUGGGAAGAUUUCUCAGCUGUGGCGUGGUAUGAUACUCCAGUUUUUUAUGAUCCCAAGUCUAUAUUUCCUCCACGAGACUUUACCAGUCCGGACUUUAACGGAUACAAUUAUCAGACACCAUUUGGAGGAACGCCUCAGAGAGUUGGAGUAGGAGAAGGCGGCAUAGGCGGCGGCGGAGUUUCAAAUCCUCUAUUUCUAAGUAAUCCCACCACUGAAGCACCCACUUAUCUAUUCUAUACCUCUGCUGGUGCGGGUCAACGUGGUAAUCAUCGUAAUCCUGCUGGUGGUGCACAUUCCGGUUCCGGUCAGUUAUUUUACAGUAAUGCCCCAAAUGGCAAAUCAACUCCCUAUAAUGCAACACUUUGGUUAAAGCGUCUAGUGCGAGAUCUAGGCCAAAAACAGAGGAUGAUAGAGAAGCUUGAAGCGGAAGAGCAAAACAAAGAAGUAGAGCGGAAGAAGUAUAUGCAGGGAGCACAACAGGAAGAGCGCAGCAAACGUGAUGUCUCGCUUAAUAUGGAUCUCUUAGAUAUCGUAGGCGUAGAAGCCGAUCAUCAAAGCAAUCAAAAUUUGAAAAAAAAACGUACCAAGCGCCAAAGUCCUGGACGGUCGACGCUCUGUACCACCACAUCGCAGUUCAUAACGCCACAAGCGGCGCUCAAUAGUCGCGGCAAUUGGAUGUUUGUAGUGAAUGAGCAGAAUACGGCUCGUCAAAUGGUCAAGGCGGAAUUAUGCGCCUCGAACACCUGCUCGAACCUUUGCGAACUGCCAAAUGGCUACAACUCGAGAUGUGAGCAGAAAUUCGUACAAAAACGUUUAAUUGCACUCCAGGGCAACGGACAAAAUCUGUAUGCGGAUACGUUUUGGUUUCCCAGUUGUUGUGUCUGCACGAUAGCCGCCAAUUAAAAACGAGGGAAGAACAGGAACUGAAGCUGGAAACGAGAAUGAGACCGGUACCAGGAUAAAGAUGGAGACCCAGGCCCAAACGGCCCAGUACUGGGACCGUAACUGGGGCCAUUCGUCCUGUCAUCAUUAUAAUUAUAAAUGUUGAAAUUUGAAAUGAUAAAGGAUUUUCUGCAAUUGAUAACUAAAUUUGCAAAACACGCACACUCACACAGACACACAUGCACACUCUCAUAAAUACUGUACUCUAGCUUUACAAUUAACUUAAAAUCGAAAAGCAAAAUUGACAAAUUAAAUAUGUAAAAUUAAAAUACACAGAAAUGAAUACGAUAACGGGUACGGGCAUUUUUGAGGGCUGCUCAUAGCAUCAAUAAAACUAC